AUGCCGGAUGACUUGCCUCCUCCAGCAGUGCUAUCACCUCCGAGGUUUUCAAUCUUCUCCGGAAGUUUCUGCUUUGUUUGUUUGGAAAAUGGGAGUGAUCGUUCACACCAGGUUUUUUCAGAAAUUUUCGAAUGUGUGGGCCUAAGAGGAAGGAUUUGGUACUAUCAACCUAGUUGUUCAAAUCUGGAUGUCGCGAUCUGUCUCCCGCACCAGAAGACUCGUAAUACUAAAUCAAAUUUACCCUUGAUCACUUUGGUGUUAGGCAGAGUCUCAGUUAGAAAAAAUGGCGAGAUAGCUCAGUGGUUAGAGCGCGAAUCUACUGAUCGAAAGGUCCGUGGUUCGAACCGGACCUCUGCAUCUCGACUUCCUCUGUCUAGGCUUGGACAACCUGACAGUAUCUCAGCCCACGUUCUUUCUUAG